UCUUUCUCUCUCUCUCUACAUAUAUAUAUACAUAUAUACCUGCAUACCUAUCCUUCUUUUUUCUCUCUCUUCCUUCAAUGGUACCACCAGAAGGCAUGCCACCAACACCGAAAGACCAUGAGCUCACUGAGGGCCGCAAAACGACGAGGCCGCCACCGGAACAAGGUGUGAAGUGCCCGAGAUGUGACUCACCAAACACCAAGUUCUGCUACUACAACAACUACAGCCUCACACAGCCCAGGCACUUCUGCAAGACCUGCAGGAGGUACUGGACCAACGGGGGUGCCUUGCGCAACGUCCCGAUAGGAGGGGGUUGCAGGAAGAACAAAAAGGUGAAACCUUCUUCCUCCGCUUCCUCUUCCUCCUCCUCCAGACUCUCCUGUGACCCUAAAGACUUCAAUUUUCAUGGUCUCUCAGUUCCUCCUUCCGUUGACUUCAACCUCGGAGGGAUACCCUUUCCCUCCAGGCUCACUACUUUCAACACUCAACACCACCUCCCAACACCCCCCACUGGGGUGUUCAACCAGUUCUCUUCUUUUGGGGACGUUCCAUCAUCUUCCACCAGUUCUCUUUCUGCUUUGUCUGCCUUCCAGCUUGACCCCCCUGCUGCUGUUUCAAACCCUCUCUUGGGUCUCGUUCCGCCCAACCCUGACCUCUGGGCUCUACGUAGGUCAGAAAGGGCCUCACUCUCUGAUCCAUUGAACAGUGCAAUGCAAACCCUUCAGACCAUGGAAGCCAUGAACGUUCACAGCAACCUUGCUUCUUCAAUUGAGUCGCUGAGCAACAUCAACCAGGACUUGCACCUGAAGCUGCAGCAGCAGCGCAUGGCGACAAUGAUGUUCGGUGGGGACAGCCAGAAAGGUGAGAGCAGCGCUGCCCUGAAUGGGUUUGGGAAUCAGAAGCUGCUACAACCGGUUUCGUUUCAGAACCUUGCGAUUUCGAAGCCAGAGAACUUGCCAGCUGGCAGUUCCAUAAAUGGUGGUCCAUGUGGGGAGACAGUUACUGCAGCAUCCACUGAAUGGUUCUUUGGGAAUUCCUUUCCCUCAGUGUCUCCUUCAACAAGCAAUGGCGGUGCCAAUGUUAACCACAUUAGCAACGAUGCAAACAACAACAACAGCUGGACUGGUUCCCUUGCCUGGGGAGAUUUGCAGCAGCAACCAUACACCGCUUUGCCCUAGAUUUGACCAAGGAGGACUUAGAGUUGGAGGUAGAACUGCCUUUUUUCAAUCUUGAAAGGAGAAGGAAGAAGCUAUGAUUAGUAGAUAGGACAAAUCUAUAAUUGUCUAAAAUCCCUUAGUUGCAUGUUUUAAUUUCUUAAUUAGGUAGUUUUCUUUAUGUUUCCUUCAAAUCAUCAUAUCAUAUCAUAUCAUAUAUCAUAUAUGUAAC